GCGCGAGUGCGAGUUCUCGAUUCUUUUCAUCGCUCGGCUUAUCCAGCGGCACGCGAAGAAACACGGCGGUACAUUUGUGUUUACGCUAGAAGCAUUGACCGGCCACCACGGCGACCAUGUACGCGGGGAAGGGAAAAGGGUCAUCGGUGCCCUCGGACUCUCAGGCCAGAGAAAAAUUGGCGCUCUAUGUAUAUGAGUACUUGUUACAUGUGGGGGCACAAAAAGCAGCACAAACAUUCCUGUCGGAGAUACGAUGGGAGAAAAAUAUUACACUGGGAGAGCCACCUGGGUUUCUACACUCAUGGUGGUGUGUCUUUUGGGAUCUGUACUGUGCAGCGCCAGAGAGGAGAGACUCUUGUGAACACAGCAGUGAGGCCAAAGCAUUUCAUGACUAUGGAUUCGUGAACAGUGCUUACAACGUCAAUGGCAUUGCUCACAAUGCUGGACCAGCCCCAUCUCCAAUCGGUCAAAUGCCACCAAAUGAUGGAAUGCCCGGUGGUCCUAUGCCUCCUGCUUUCUUCCCAAACAACUCGACAAUGCGACCAUCUCCGCCCACACACCCCUCAUCACAGCCAUCCCCCCAGCACCCCCAGCCACCCCCGCCCCCACACUCGCAGAUGAUGUCCACCCAGUUUAUGGGGCCAAGAUACCCAGCUGGACCACGACCCGGUGUACGUAUGCCACAAAUGGGAAAUGACUUUAAUGGGCCACCAGGACAGCCAAUGAUGCCAAAUAGUAUGGAUCCUACCAGGCAAGGUCCACCGGGAAUGAAUCCAAUGAAUCCGAGGAUGAAUCCCCCACGAGGACCGGGAAUGGGUCCGAUGGGUCCUGGAAGUUAUGGUCCAGGUAUGAGAGGGCCACCGCCCAAUAGCACUUUGGGUCCAGGUGGACCAGGAGGUCCUGGAAUGCCACCGAUGAGUAUGGCAGCUCCAGGCGGUAGACAACAAUGGCAACCAAACACAUCUACGCCGAUGAAUUAUUCGUCGUCAUCGCCGGGCAACUACGGAGGACCACCUGGAUCAACAGGUCCACCAGGACCUGGCACACCUAUAAUGCCUAGCCCACAGGAUAGCAGCAAUAGUGGAGGAGAAAAUAUGUAUACCAUGAUGAAGCCUGUACCUGGAGGAAACAUGCCGGGUGAUUUCCCAAUGAGUGGCGGACCUGAAGGUGGGCCAAUGGGUCCCAUGGGUCCUAAUACAAUGGGUCCAGUUCUAAACGGCGAUGGUCUUGACGGAAUGAAGAACAGUCCAGCAAAUGGUGGUCCUGGAACACCACGGGAAGAUAGCGGCAGCGGAAUGGGUGAUUAUAAUCUGGGUGGAUUCGGAGCUCCUGGAGAGAAUGAUCAGACCGAGUCGGCGGCCAUCCUGAAGAUCAAGGAGAGCAUGCAGGAGGAGGCGAAGAGGUUUGAGAAGGACUCAGACCAUCCCGAUUAUUUCAUACAAUAACUCUUCACGAGUCGUUGGACCCUGAGACCAAAUUAACAAUCUAAGAGAUAAACACAAUCGAUUUCCUUCCUUUCUUCCUUCCUUCCUUCCUUCCUUCCUUCAAGUUCGAGAAUCACCGUUUCCACCUACCCAACCGCUUCCUCCACCGUCCUCCCUCCCGCCAUGAAAUCCGCUCUCUCUCUUUCUCCCCUCGUAUGUUUUCUCUCCCGUUUGUCCCCAUUCUCGGAUGAUAUCUCUGCUGCACAUCACCAUGUAUAAGAUCUUCCUCUCCUCUUUUCUUUCCGAGCCGUCGAACGGCGUAGGUCGAUCUCCGUGAAGAAGGAGAUCCCGCAAGAGAUCCCCUCCUGCGCGCAUUGGCGGCCCGUUCUUUUUGUCGCGCACUGCUGCAAGGAGGACCACUAUGUCGAGGAGGACGAGAGAGACCUUCGAGAAUCAGAA